AUGGCCGAAGAAAAAGUAGUUCGGUUUGGAAUCCUGGGGUGUGCAGGCAUAGCCAUAAAACUUGCGAGAGCAAUUGGGUUGACACCCAAUUUCUCAGUGUAUACCGUUGCCAGGGCCUUUGCCUCUGCUAACAACUUGCCUCCAGAGGUAAAGGCGUAUAGAAGCUAUAAGCAGCUUUUGGAUGAUCCCUGUGUAGAUACAGUAUACAUUCCUCUGCCUACAUCGUUGCAUCUCGAAUGGGCUCUCAAGGCUGCCCAAAAGAAGAAACAUAUUCUUCUGGAGAAGCCUACUGUUCGCCCAUUGCAAACAGGCUGA